AUGCUAUCCAUCCACCACGCUAUCCCUCCAUCACGCUAUCCCUCCACCACGCUAUCCCUCCACCACGCUUUCCCUCCACCACGUUUUCCCUCCACCACGCUAUCCCUCCACCACGCUAUCCCUCCACCACACUAUCCCUCCAUCACGCUUUCCCUCCACCACGCUAUCCCUCCAUCACGCUAUCCCUCCAUCACGCUUUCCCUCUCCACGCUUCCCUCCACCACGCUUCCCUCCACCACGCUAUCCCUCCACCACGCUAUCCCUCCACCAAGCUAUCCCUCCAUCACGCUUUCCCUCCACCACGCUAUCCCUCCACCACGCUAUCCCUCCACCACGCUAUCCCUCCACCACGCUAUCCCUCCACCACGCUAUCCCUCCACCACACUAUCCCUCCAUCACGCUUUCCCUCCACCACGCUAUCCCUCCACCACACUAUCCCUCCAUCACGCUAUCCCUCCAUCACUCUAUCCCCCACCAAGCUAUCCCUCCAUCACGCUAUCCCUCCACCACGCUAUCCCUCCACCACGCUAUCCCUCCACCACGCUAUCCCUCCACCACGCUAUCCCUCCACCACGCUAUCCCUCCACCACGCUAUUUCUCCAUCACGCUAUCCCUCCACCACGCUAUCCCUCCACCACGCUAUCCCUCCACCACGCUAUCCCUCCACCACGCUAUCCCUCCACCACGCUAUUUCUCCAUCACGCUAUCCCUCCACCACACUAUCCCUCCACCACGCUAUCCCUCCACCACGCUAUCCCUCCACCACGCUAUUUCUCCACCACGCUAUCCCUCCACCACACUAUCCCUCCACCACGCUAUCCCUCCACCACGCUUUCCCUCCACCACGCUAUCCCUCCACCACGCUAUCCCUCCACCACGCUAUCCCUCCACCACGCUAUCCCUCCAUCACGCUAUCCCUCCACCACACUAUCCCUCCACCACGCUAUCCCUCCACCACGCUAUCCCUCCACCACGCUAUCCCUCCACCACGCUAUCCCUCCACCACGCUAUCCCUCCACCACGCUAUCCCUCCACCACGCUAUCCCUCCACCACGCUAUCCCUCCACCACACUAUCCCUCCAUCACUCUAUCCCUCCACCACGAUAUCCCUCCACCACGCUAUCCCUCCACCACGCUAUCCCCCCGCCAAGCUAUUCCUCCACAAUGCCAUCCCUCCACCAUGCCAUCCCUCCACCACACUAUCCCUCCACUACGCUAUCCCUCCACCAAGCUAUCCCUCCACCACGCUAUCCCUCCAUCAUGCUAUCUCUCCAUCACGCUAUCCCUCCACCACGCUAUCCCUCCACCAUGCCAUCCCUCCACUAG